UUGAUUGGAUUGAUUGUAAUAAACGGGGAGGCUCUAAUGGAGAGGAAUUUGACAGACAUUUUCUUUCGAUUCUAUGCAAGACAAUUUAUUUUUGACAGCUCGGAUUUAUUCAAAAAUGGUAUUGGUGGAAGCACAUAUGAUAAAAUUGUUGAAGUAGACCUUGAACAAGUCAGAGCAAAAGGAGAAAUAAGGAGGGCACGUUUAUUCUCUAAUGCACGUACUGAAGGAUUUGACUGUGGCGAUGAGAUUGGUAAAGCAUUUGAUGAAUUUCUUGAAGUUGGAGAUAAAAGAGCCUUACGUAUGGAGAACCGGAAAAAUUAUAUACUGAAAGAGAUGAAAAAACUAAAAGUGAAUUUUGGUUGAAUAAUGAUGUGC